UUGAAGGUGACAGACACCAACAGGACGCCAGACAGAUGUCUGCGAUACCGGAUGAAAAACCAGAGGAAGUUGGUGGGGUUACUCAAUAUAGAAUGACUAUUGAUGACGGACCAAGGAGAAGGAGGCGAUCUCAACGUGUAGGAUGCUGGAUUAGAGCUGCUGCAGUCUGUCUGGCACUUCUGCUGGCUGUGACCUUUAUGGCUUACAAUUUUAUUGCUAUCAUUCGUUGGGACACCAAGUAUGAAGACCUGAUCCACAACUUGACAGCAGACAAGGAAGCUCUCAGAGAUGAACGUGACCAACUACAGACUUACUCCAGUAAUCUGACAACUCAGAAAGAAGCUCUAAAAGAUGAGCGAGAUGUUUUCAAAAUAGAGCAAGACCAACUGAAGAUGUACUCCACCAACCUGGCUGAAGAAAGAGACACUCUAAGAAAUGAACAAAAAGCUCUAAGAGACGAACGAGAUGCUCUCAGAGACCAGCGAGACCAUCUUAAAAUUCUAUCCCAGAACUUGACCGAAGACAGAGACACUUUGAGAGGUAAUCUAGAUGCUCUAGAAGAUGAACUAGAUCGACUGAAGGCAUAUUCCAGCAACCUGACACAAGAAAGAGACAUUCUGAAAGAUCAACGGGAAACUCUGACAGAUGAGCGAGACCAUCUUAAGAUUCUAUUUUACAAUCUGACAGAAGAUAGAGUCACAUUGAGAGACACUCUACAAGAUGAACUCAAUCAAGUGAAGGCAUACUCCAGCAACCUGACUCGGGAAAGAAAUACACUUAAAGAUCAGCGAGAAGCUCUGAUAGAUGAGCAAGAUCAACUGAAGACUGACAUCAGCACGCUGACUAAAGAUAGAGACACUCUUCAGGAAGAGAAAGAAGCUCUGAGAGGUGAACGUGAUGCUCUGAAAGUUGAGAAAGUUGCUCUGAAAGAUGAGAGAGAUCAGCUGAAGAUUCAAUCCAGCAACCUGACAAAAGACAGAAACGCUUUGAGAGAAGAACGAGAUGCUCUUACAGUGGAGCGUGACCGUCUUCAGGACCAAUCAGCCAGCCUGACAAAAGACAGAAAUUCCCUGAGGGAUGAGCGGGAUGCUUUAAGAAAUGAGAAGAAUGCUUUGAUGAAUGAGAGAAACACCUUACAAGGGGAGAGAAACGCUUUAAGAAAUGAGCGAGACCAGCUGAAGACUGAUUCCAGUAACCUGGUGAGAAGGAUGGAUGCUCUACAGAGUCAGUACAACUCUUUGACUUCAAAUCACAACACACUUCAACAGGAAGUCUAUCAGCUCAGACUGAGGCCAACAGCUAAAACUUGCUACCAGGGAUGGACCUUGUUCAACAACAAGUGCUACUUCUUCUCUCCCAGUGGAUAUGAAAAAAGCUGGGAAGACAGCAGAAGAGACUGUCAAGGAAGAGGAGGGGACCUGGCCAUGCCAAAAACCCUGUAUGAAGUGGUUUUUGUCAGCAGAUAUGAUCUGUUUACCUGGAUCGGUCUGUCAGACAGGAUGCAAGAGGGCAGGUGGAUGUGGGUGGAUGGGACUGAAAAGUCAGGUGAAGGUUUGUGGAGAACAGGAGAGCCCAAUAAUUCUAACGGUAAUGAGGAUUGUGCAGAGAUUCCACUGGAUCAGUUGAAAUUUAAUGAUAACAACUGUCAUGACAAAUUUGCAUGGGUUUGUGAGGCGUAAGGUUCAGAGAGCAGCAGAGUUGCAUCAGUCAGGCCCUCUCUCAUCCUGCUGAAAAUCUUUCUUUGAAAUAAAACAUGACAUUAAAUGGGCUUCCUCAUCAUCACAGUUUUUUCUAGCUUUUUUAUACCAUUAUUUACAUGUUUAAUGCAUUCACUUUAACACACAAAACUGUAACUUUAGUACU